GCUCAGGGCAGAAGCCAUGGCUCCAGGUUUCCAUGUCUCCUGGUUACUGGUCAGCUGGUUGGUGGUAACUAUGGCAGAAGGACAAGAUGUAGUCACCCCUCCUGGCGGCUCACAAAAUAACGCAAAGUCUACAGACUGCCAGAUCUUCACACUCACUCCUCCGCCCACCACACGGAAUCUGGUCACGAGGGCCCAGCCCGUCCCAAGGACACCCACCUUUUCUUUUCCGCCAAGGGGGCCCGGCUUCAAUCCGAGGUUCCCUUUCUUCCUUCCAAACAACCGUCGCUUCCAGUUCUGGCCUUUCUACCCGCCGCGAGGUAGACUGAUCGCUUGGAGGUUCUUCCCUAGAAGACGGCACCAGAGAGGAAGCUCCUCUGAGGAGAGCAGGGAGAAAUGAGAAGCCCGAAUGUGCUGAAGCCACAGAAUCAACGCCUCUGGAAAGGGUGACAAAACUGUUUGUUUCUCUCUCCAAUCUAAAAUCCCUGCAUUGGAAGAUUAAGUACCCUCAAUGACAGGGACGAGAUUUUUUUUUUUUUUUUUUUUUUUUUUUUUUUUUUUUUUUUGGUCAACAACGAGGAGUUUGGAUUACACAUUUUUGCUUACAAAAUCUGGCCGUAGCGGCAUCAGUCUCAUUCCACAGGAUAUUAGUGCAAAUAAAGUCUUUAAGUGGGCUGUUCUAAUCAUUUGUAUCCGUACUUAGAGACCAGCAGUAUUAAUUAACCUCCACUUCCAAGUUAGAGUGAAGGACAUUUUAACGAGACCAUUAUGA